AUGAGUCUGGUGAAGUCGUCGCUGGAGGCUUGCACGCUAAUGCCAGCGAUCCCGAUGAGCGAGCUCGCGCCCGCGGGUACGACGCCGACGAUUCCAGCGCGCCCUCCGGCAGGCGCCUCGGCUGCUGCGGUUGCUGCACCAGGCGCGAUCGCGGGCGGCGACCAGAGCGACGUCGACAUGGAGCGUGCUGACGGCAACCUGGACCGCGAGGUGGUGGAUCCAGCUGACGAGGAGCUCGGCGAUCAGGACGAAGAGGAGGAGGAGGAGGAAGAAGAGGAGGAGGACAUGGCGAGCGACAGUGGCGCCUCUAAAGCCCCCGGCGGCGCGACGAACCCGGAUUCAGGGCAACAUCCGCUUCCGAUCACAUCAAAAUCAGGCAAUUUCAGCAGUUUUACAAUUCGACGGUCUGUUUCCAUUCGGGCUGCCUGGAACCAGGGCUAUUGA